CCACAUGGUCCAUCCAGACGCACUACACCAGACUGGCAGUCGCAGAGGAUCCUGCGCGAACACACCAAACCCAGGCCAAGAUCCAAAGCUCGCGCGCACUCCCAGGCCUCCCUCCACCACGCCACUCUCGCCAGUCUCGCUCCCAGCUCUCGCCAGCCGCUGCCCGGCGAAUCACCGAUCGGCCCGAGCCGGCAUCGGUGCCAGCGACUCACGCGACCGCGCCCGACAGCCGUCAUGCGGCCACCACCGUCAUCCCUACUCCACCUCAUCCUCCUCCUCUUCCUCGCCGCCGUGCCGAACGCCCUGUCCAAGUCGACGCUGGAGUCCUGCGCCUCGUCCACCGCCUGCCCGGCGCUCCUCUCCUACACGCUCUACGCGGACCUGAAGCUCGCCGAGCUCGCGGCGCUCUUCGCCGCCGACCCGCUCGCCAUCCUGGCCGCCAACGCCAUCGACUUCGCGGCGCCCGACCCCGCCGACCGCGUCCUCCCGGCGGGCCUGCCGCUCCACGUGCCGGUACCAUGCGCCUGCUCCGACGGCAUCCGCAAGGCCACCUCCGUGCGCUAUGUGGCCCGGGCCGGGGACACGCUGGACUCCGUCGCGGGUUCCGUCUACGGCGGGCUCACGACGGCCGACUGGAUCCGCGACUCCAACGGGAUGCCCGAGGGCGCCGCGCUCGACGCCGGCACCACGCUGUUCGUGCCGCUCCACUGCGCCUGCUUCGGCGGCGCCGACGCCGGCGUGCCCGCGGUGUACCUGACCUACGUGGUGGCCGAGGGGGACACCGUGCCGGCCAUCGCGCGGAGGUUCCGGACCACGGGCAACGACCUCAUGAGCGUCAACGACAUGGCCACCGCCGACGUCGCCACCGGGGACAUCAUCGUCGUGCCGCUGCCCGCGUGCGCUUCGUCAUUCCCGGCCUACACGUCGGACGCCGGCCUGUCCGUGGCGAACGGGACCUACGCGAUCACCGCCAACCGCUGCGUCCAGUGCAGCUGCGGCCCGGGCAACCUGGACCUGUUCUGCGUGCCGGCGCCGUUGGCGGACUCGACGUGCUCCAGCAUGCAGUGCAGCAACAGCAGCAUGAUGCUCGGCAACUUCACGCUCCAGAUGACCAGCGCCGGUUGCAGCGUCACCUCCUGCAGCUACGGCGGAUACGUGAACGGGACCAUCCUCACCACGUUAACCACGUCGCUGAAGCCUCAGUGCCCAGGUCCGCACCAGUUCCCUCCGCUGAUGCCGCCGCCGACGACGUCCUUCUUCGAGACGUACCUCGGCCCGUCGCCGACGCCGAUGCCGUCUGAAGGAGGCAUUGGCCCGCAGAUGGCUGGCAUGGCGCCGACAAGCAGCCCGCCGGCGAGUUCCGGUCGUCCUGCCUCAGCAGACAGGCGCGUCGGGGAUGUUCUUGCGCUGGUCGCUCUCUGCCUCGUCGCCAACUUGCUGUGGUAGCAUACGCCUGUGAUGAGCCUGUGUGUGAGAAUCAUGUUGAGCAGCACAGCGUGUCCGGAAGGGCAUUCUUGUACAGGAGCAGUCGGCUAGCUCUUUCUGGGCUAUUGUGCCAAAUUUUGUUGUUUCUCAUUCGAUUGGUCGUUCCUGUAAUAAAAAUGUAAAAAAAAUGAUGAACUCACGCUAGCAUAUUUGUCUAGAACGAUUGUAUUGUUGUUCCUGUCAGUGAAGAUGAAAAUGAUCGGAAACUGUAUUACAGCAUAGAAAACGAAAACGGGCACAUCAGGAUUUUACCAUUUCUGUGAAAUGAAUAAUUAAGUGCCA